GCUGAAGAAAUCUCUCUUGACGACCGUGUAUCGCACUCACGCUCGAGAGUAGCCUCGCUACACCAGACUAAUGGAACGCCGACAGAUAGCUCUCAGGACCUGGUUUUCUCGGACGUGAACAUCUUCAACGACCUUGCUUCCUCGAUUGUCAAAGAAUACGACGUCUCGGUCCACCAAGUUGCGGAUAAAGAAGAUGCAAAUUCUCGUCGCGUUCACCAUAAUCCUUGGGCACUGCGUCGACUGCACUUGGUAUGCCUCAUCAUCGUCCUCGUACUGAUGAUUAUUGCUUUGGAAAUCGCACAAUACAUCUCGAAAAAGAACCAAGGUCUGGCAACCACAACGCAGAGGAUACACUACGUGUGGACAUACGGACCCACUGCUGGUAAUGUUGGGACGCCAUCUCUGAUGUGCCUGGCUGACCGUCAUCAGNUAUUCUCCAUUCUCGCAAUAUUCUGGGGAGCUCUCGAGUACCAGACAAAGGUCAUCAUGCCUUGGAAGCUGAUGGCAGAUCGCCCACAGACCGCGAAAAAUAGCUUGCUACUGGACUACGUCUCGCCAAACUCGAUCCUAGUGCUCUGGAGGUCCAUGCAAGCCAGGCACUGGCCUGUUGUGGUGACGGUACUGGGCUCUCAACUGAUAAUCCUGGUCACUAUCAUAUCUACUGGCCUGUUCGUCUUGGAGCCUACAAUAGCCCAACAAGAAGAAGCCCCGAUGGCCGUCAGGAAAUUCGACGACUCCAAUUUCAACAUUACCCUCGUCAAUGGUCUCCCAGUGCUGGCUGUGUCGAACAUCAUAUCGGGGAAUAUCUCGGUUGCCUAUCCGUCGUACACGAAUGAGUUCUUGGCGAUUGAACCACUUGUACCUGUUCAAAAUGUUUCUGAAUCCGAAAUCUCUAAGACUGCCAACAUCAACGUAUUCUCUGCGGAUCUUGAUUGUCGCGUUGGCCACGUCGCGAACGUCACAAUGUUUGCUAUGUACGAGGCCUGGCAACUGAAAGCCGUUUUGUCAGACUCCGUCUNNUCUGAUCCGUUCAGUUACAUUGUAUCUUUUGGAAGUCGGGAUAGCAGCUAUCCUGUUAUGUGCAGUCAUCAUGUUCUUAAUGCGACCAGUGGUGAUAUACCAUCUCCCGGUCGUGUGGCCGCUAUACUGGCUCGGAGCGAGGACAUGAUGAACACCUUGAGGCACACUGGAAUCCUAUCCAUGAUGGAGAUGAAGUGUCUGAUACUAGAUCAUCGAUAUAAUAUGGAAUCGCAGCUCGAUGGUAAUGUGCUGGCCAUUAGGGAAAUGCGACCACACCCCACGCCCGUUCUGCCGGAGAGAAGCAUGACCUGGUGGCGGCCUGCCGUUCUAUCGAAAUGGAUGCGAGUCGUUCUUCUGCUACUCCCGCUCACUGUCAUAGUCUCACUGGAAACUACUUACUAUUUGUCAGUAAAACACCAAGGGCUCGGUGAUAUCACGGAGGGCGGCUACCAACACUACACAUGGACUGUUGUACCUGCACUUAUCUUGACAGCCAUAAAGCUUCUUGGCCAGUCUCUAGCCUUCUCUAUCGAGGUUCUGGACCCCUAUCUGGUCCUGAAAGCAGGCAACAACCCUGCAAAGCGAACUCUGUUCCACGAUUACCUCCGUCAGACCUCUCUUCUCAGAUGUCUGAGCAGUGCUCGAUUCAGUCGAUGGGCGGUGUUCAGCAUCUCACUAUCGACACUGUUGUGUCCAUUUCUUGCGAUCGUCCCUAUACCGCAAUACAAGAUCCUGAACGUUGAUGAUGUGGAUCAGUUGACCAAAUUUGACGGCCAUGCAGUUUGGCCAUACAUCUCUGCUUGUCCUUUCUAUCGAUGGGAGCAAGCUACGCUUAGUGCUGCCAAUCUUCUGAUCCAAGGGGCGAUUCCCUACCCCGCGGGAACUUUUGACGAUUACAUAUUUGCAAAGACAACAGGCGUUCCUAGCAACUUCAGUACUCCAGAGGCAUUCAAUACAUCAUCUUGUUCGGUAAUCACCACGGGCUAUCACCCACAUAUGGUAAGCAAUUACACCAUCUUCCUCGAAACCAAUGUGCUACGAAUGUUUAUGAUC